ACGAUUCUCCUUUGUUCGAUAGUACCUAAUAUUCGGUGAUCGAGAGGGAUGCUUCCGACGCUCAUGACAGGAAGCAGUCUGGAGUUGUGAAUGGGAUUGGAGGAAGUGUUUAGACAGGGAUUGUUAACGGCACGGUGUUCUGCAUUGCACUAUGGAGUAUAACGACCACGCAUGCGGGAUCUAAUUUUGAUUCUUGUAAUUUCUUGUCUCGGUAUUUCGGGCAACCAACCAAAUAUAACCACGGAGGAUUACAAUUGUGUGAGGUCUCCUGGCGCUUGGAAUGGUCAGGGAGGUUUUUUGGAUCUUGAGGGGAUAUUUCCUGGCGGAUACUUGGAUGGAAAAAUCACUUCGUUUCGGAGCCUUUGGACAAAAUCAAACCAUUUCAAUCUUCACCACCUUUUACCCGUCUUCACCCAGGAAAUUUCAAUUCUCGUGCUCUUGCUAAUUUUCGGCAAGGGUUGCAACAUAUCUGUUGUCUUUUGGCUGGAUGUUUUAUUGGUCUCCGGACAAAUUCUCCUGUGCUUACGGAGUCCUUGUACAAUAGUUCAAUGGCAACGUAAACAUGGCUAGGAGGCCAAGUUUUGGUCCGGCAUCUUAAUAUUCUCUCCUUGUUCCUAUGAUGUGUGACUGAGUCCU